GGGGCGGGGGGACUCCUGGCGUACUCUUUUUGGCGGUCAUUUUGGUUUCUUAGGGUUUACCUUGGUUUAGAGGUACUACAACUCUGGUGAGGUGACGGGAUCAGAGAAGGGGCGGGAGGAGGCGCCGUCCUCACCGCGCAGACUGGGGUCCACGGCUCGGCGACGCCUCCUAGGCUGCCCCUUACGGGGGUUGGGACAGAGACCCCCAGCCCGGGUGUCCGCCCCGCAACCCGAAUCCGAUGGCGGCGGCCGCGCCCAGGGUCCCGGCACAGGACAGUGUGACAUUUGAAGACGUGGCUGUGUACUUCUCCUGGGAAGAAUGGGGUCUCCUUGAUGAGGCUCAGAGACACUUAUACCACGAUGUGAUGCUGGAGAACUUUGCACUUGUGACCACCCUGGGUUAUUGGCAUGGAGCAGAGGAUGAGGAGGCACCUUCUGAGCAGGAUGCUUCUGUAGAAGUGUCGCAGGUUAGGACUCACCAUGUAGGCCCAUAUCCCAAGAAGACACACCCCUGUGGGAUAUGUUUUCUGGUCUUAAAAGACAUUUUGGGCAUGACUCUUGAUCAAAGAACACAUGCCCAAUUGAGACCAUACACAUGUAGAAAACAAAUUAGUUUCAUUGCAAACCUUCAUCAGCAUGGGAAGCAGCACAGUGGAGAGAAACUUUUGAAAUGGGCUUCAUGUAUGAAGAGCUGCAGGUUCCCUGUGUCAGGGAAAUCCUUUACCUGUGGGGAAGUUGAUAAGGACUUCCUCGCCAAUUCAGGUGAGCACCAGCACCAGGAUAUUUGUAAUGGGAAGAAACCACACAGUUGCACUGUGUGUGGGGAAGCUAUUCACAGUGAGAAAAGCUGUUACAGUUGGUGCAAAUGCAAGAAAACCUUCAGCCACAAAUACACUCUUACUGAACACCUGAGUGUCCACAAUGGAGAAAGGCCUUAUGAGUGCAGUGAAUGUGGGAAAUCCUUCACCCGAAGGUUUAACCUCUCUCAGCAUCAGAAAGUCCACACUGGAGAAAGGCCCUAUAAAUGCAAUGAAUGUGGAAAAUUCUUCACCCACAUCUCCAGUUUCAUUCAACACCAGAGAAUUCACACUGGGGCGAAACCUUAUAAAUGCAGCAGAUGUGGGAAAUUCUUUGGCCAAAGUUCCAGCCUUAUUGUACACAAGAGAGUUCACACUGGAGAAAAGCCUUAUGAGUGCAGUGAAUGUGGGAAAUCCUUUAGCCAAAGCUCCAGUCUCAUUAAACAUCAGAGAGUUCACACUGGAGUGAGGCCUUAUGAGUGUGGCGAAUGUGGAAAAUGUUUUGGUGACACCUCCACCCUCAUUAAACACCGUAGAGUUCACACUGGAGAAAAGCCUUAUGAGUGCAGGGAAUGUGGGAAAUUUUUUAGCCAAAGUUCUGGCCUCAUUCAACACCAGAGAGUUCACACUGGAGAAAGACCUUAUAACUGCAGGAUAUGUGGAAAAUCCUUUACCCGCAAUUCUGACCUCAUUGAACACAAAAGAGUUCACACUGGAGAGUGGCCUCACGAGUGCAAGGCAUGUGGAGAAUUCUUUAGUGACACCCAAUUUGCUCAACACGAAAAAAUUCACAUCAGGAAAAGGCCUCAUGAGUGCAACAUAUGUGCAAAAGCCUUCAGCCGAAGGUAUAACCUCAUUCGACACCAGAAAGUUCACGACCUCACAGAAAGGCCGUAUAUGUGCAGCAAAUGUGGGAAUGUCUUCAAACAGUGGUCUGCGCUGAUUCAGCACCAGAAAGUUCACAAUGCAGAUGGGCUUUAUGAGUGCAAUGAAUGUGGGAAAGCCUUUAGCCGAAGGUGUAACCUCAUCCGACACAAAAAAGUCCACACUGGAGAGAGACCUUAUGGGUGCAGUGAAUGUGGGAAAGCCUUCAGCCGAAAGUCUCACCUCAUCAGGCACCAGAGAGUUCACACAGCAAAGCCAUAGUCAUUCAAGGAACGGGCCUUUUACUUCUUCGAUGUCAUUAUAUUGGAGAAGAGCCUUUGUGAGGGUGCCUAUUCCUAAUUUUGAACUCAUAUAUCUGAAUGUACACCACAGGGAAGAUUCGCUAUAGGUUCCAGGUAUGUGGGAAGCUUCUAGGAACCAUAUUGCACUUCCUAACCUACUUGGGGUCCUUGCUGAAAUUGUGUGACUGUGUUUCUGUGGUGUAAGUCAUCUCUGCUCUACUGCCUAAAAGACCCCAAUGGUAUACAUCAAUCACCCCAAUGUUUAGGAAAGUAGAUUGUGUUUGCUCUGGAUAUAAUAAUGAGCAGCCUGAGCCUUUAAGGUGAUGUCAUUCUUUUCUCUAUAAUGAUGUGUAUACCUGACCCAGUUUUCUCCUAAAAGACCUUAUCUAGGGGAUCCCUGGGUAGCUUAAGCGGUUUGGCCCCCGCCUUCGGCCCAAGGUGUGAUCCUGGAGUCCUGGGAUCAAGUCCCACAUUGGGCUCCCUGCAUGGAGCCUGCUUCUCCCUUACCUGUGUCUCUGCCUCUCUCUCUCUAUGUCUCUCAUGAAUAAAUAAAAAUCUUUAAAAACAAAAAAAGAAAAAGACUUUAUCUGGAUUCUACUGGUGGCUUUUAGAGGUUUGUCUUCAUGGACAUUGUUUUCAUAUGACACUUAAGGAUUUUUCCAGUUUCCAUGUCACCAACCCAUAAACUGCCUGCCUCAUCUUGUUAAGAUUUGUGCAGUAAUAAAGGCCUUAUUGUUUAAGCCAUCUCUAAUCUUGGGGGUUGUAGUCACUAAUGGGUUCCUUUGAAAGCAUCAUGAAGGGGUAAACAGCUUGUGUGAGACUUCCCAACUUUGGUGUGCCUCAAAGGCCAAGUAUGAUGGCAAAGAAUAGCUCUUUAUUUUGGGCCUAGUUUGCAGUGUUGCCCAAGGCUUCCAAAGGAAAGACUGUAGGCUUUGUACAGUGGAGCGAAACUGUUGAAUCUGGAUGCCAAGAUUUUGUGGGCCCAGAUGUCACAUUGAGGAAUGGGCACUUGCAAUAAUCCCCAGUGUUUCUGUGAUUGGUUCCUUUGCUUAUAGUGCGUAUCAUGUAAUGACUACAUGGUUAAGGGAAAUCUCUUUUCCAGGGCCUUCAGGGGCGCCAUGUGCCCUGGUGUCCAGAAUUUAGUAGGGUAGUAUCACUGGUUUUAACACUAAAGAAUCAGGGAAUCAUAAUUGGUGAGAAAACACUAGAUUGAUAGGAAGUGGUGGAGCCUGCAGCAAACUAGAUGGAACAUUCCUCUCCUAAAAGUGGACCCACAGCUAUUCUGGUGACUGGCUGUGUCGGGUGAGCAUGUACCUCCUGGCCUGUGUAUCUUGAAUAGCUGAGGUGACUGGCAGAGAAAAUAAAGGUUUUGUGGAUUCCUAUGGCUUUCUGGGCUGUUAGCCUUAAGACUGUUACUGUACAUACAGGAAAACAAGGACAGAAGGGAGAUCUCUUAGUCCAGUGAUACGGCCUUUGUGACUACGGUAGAAACAUCUUCCAUUGCUCAGAUAUUUAGUACUACUGAGGUAAGGCAUCCCUCCAAAAGCAUUAAGAGAGAAGUGAUGGAGAUAAUAGAGGGUUGCCAAGCCUGAUUUUUUUUUUUUAAUGGAGUGGGAGAUCCUUUUAUUUUGAACCAUUGCUUAAAGCUUUAAGUUCUAAUGACAUGCAGUAAACUGCACAUAUUGAAAGUAUAUAGUUUGGUAAGAUUUGACAGUAUAAUCCACAAAAUCAUCAUCAUUGUGAUAAUGAAUAUAUAAGCCCCACACAUGUUUACUUCAAUUUUUAUUACUCUCUCUGCCCUCUCUGGCUCUCUGGGCAAAUUUGGAUUUACUUUCCUUUACAGUAGACUACAUUUUCUAGAAUUUUAUGUGAUUGGAAUCAUAAAGUAUUCUUUUUUUCUGAUUUCAUAUAUCCUGGAUAAUUACUUAGAUUUAAAAAGUUCAUUCCUUUCAUUGCUGAGUAGUAUUCUGUUGUAUGGAUAUACCAUUAUUUGCUCUGUAUAUCUGUUCCUUGACAUCUGGGUUUGAAAGUUUUGGCUAUUAAAUAAAACUUCUAUGAAGAUUCACAUAUAUAUCUUUAUACAGAUACAUGUUUCAUCUUUCUUGUGUUAAUACCUCUGAGUGCAAUGCCUGAAUAAUAGGGUAGGUGAAUAUUUAGCUUUUUAGGAAGUUGCCAAAGUGAUCUGAAAGGGUUUUUCUAUUUCCUACCAGCAGUAUAUGAGAGUUUCACUGCUUCCCUGGUUCCUGUGAGACAUUGGAAUUUCCACUUAAUCCCUCCCUCCAUAGGGUCCAUCUGCAAGGAUGUAAAACCACUCAGAGGGGCACCUGGGUGGCUCAGUCGUUGAGCAUCUGUCUUUGGCUCAGGUCAUGAUCCUGGGGACCUGGGAUCGAGUCCCACAUUGGGCUCCCUGCAGGGAGCCUGCUUCUCCCUCUGCCUAUGUCUCUGCCUCUCUCUUUGGGUCUCAAAUAAAUGGAUAUAUCUUUAAAAAACAACAACACUCAGAACCAGGCUUGAAUAGGCUUCUCAGCAACCGAGUCCCACUGCACAUGUUGCCUGUAAUCUGGUCCCUUUGGUUUUGUGGUGUCCUUCCUAUAUGACAGGCAUAGCAGGAAGUGACAGAAUGUUUUCUUAUGCUAUCUGUGUAAGGAAUAAUCUUUCUCAAUCCAUUUGGGCUUGUGGUCUCCUUACCAGUCAUAUGUAUGGCAGAUUGGCAAGCAAAAAUCUAGACUAGCAGUUGCUGCUUCAUAAAGAUUGCUUGACUUUUUGACACCACAUUUUCAUUACCAUGAUUUUCUAGUUUCUUCAUAUCUAGUAAAGAAGUCACCUUUUGGCUUUCUCUUUCAAAGUUACCUGUAAGCAAAAUCAUUGUAAAAGGGGUUAUGUAUAACACAGGAGAAAUAGCUAUAAAAUAAAAUGUAAGGGAUGCCUGGGUGGCUCAGUGGUUGAGCGUCUGCCUUUGGCUCAGGGUGUGAUCCCAGGAUCCAGGAUCGAGUCCCACAUCAG